AUACUAUAAAUAGCUUAUACAAUGGAUACCCACAUUGUUUGUGACCAAGUCUUUAUUGCGCAUGCUGAAGAUGAAUUGUUACUUAUUUACGACAAUGAAAUUAAUUUCGGGGAGGAUCCUGCCCCAAUCUAUGAUGACGUCUGGCAAAGCGAAGAGGACGUGACCCCAGAAGAGAUUCUAGCCGACGUCAAAGACUACGGAGCUUUAGAGGAAGUAAUGGACACUCCUAUAAUUUACGAAAUCUCGGAUAGCGAGAAUGAAAUGACUCCAGAAGAGAAUUUAAACGAGGUCGUAGACCACGAUUCGAGGAAAAAAAAUGUCACUUACGAUGUAGACGUUUCGGCCCUAAUCCAGAAUACCGAGCUCUUUCAACCAGAAAAACUUAUGGUCUACAUUCACGGUCCAAAUUUCACGUUUCCAGAUUCGGGAUUCUUUGCAGAGCAGGGAGAUAACUUGAAUGCAAACAAUGUAACCUACAAGACGAUCGCGUCUGAUACUAUUAGCCAUUCACCUGGAGAAGUGACCGAUGUGACAGGCGUAAUCUGUUAUCACAGCCAUGACUUCGUCUUCCAGGCAUACUCGCCGCCAUCGAUCCCCAGCUUGCAUGCCGACCAUUGUCCUCGUCACUUCAAAACCUCACGAAACGUCUUCUGGGCCGAAAUGGAGGAGGUGUCCUGCAUCCUGCUGCAUUCGGCGGCCGCCUAUUUAGAGGCCCCCGCUUAUGUGCACGACGACACGAUUGCUUUUGUUGCCAAGGGUCUCGCCUUGGCCAAGGAAUUCAUGACCGAUGGGGAAACUCCCCAGAGCAGACCGCAGAGCAUCGGUCGCCUGGUGGCCGCCAUUGUCAUGGACAGGAAGUCGGCCGUUGUAAUGGCAUAUGCCGUGAACCACUUCGUUCCUCAGACCAUGACCGAUGACAGCACAGGCGAGGUGUUAGGCAUAAUGCUCAAUAACGUCAUUCGCGGAUUUGCCAUCAACGACCACCUCCGUCGUAUCAUUAUCAAAAAGACCUGCCCCGUUCUUUCCGUGGUGAACCAAAUUCCAAACUAAUAGUUCCCCGGCAUCGCAUCGAAUCAAUUUCAUAUUUUCAUCAUAUCAUCAUGUGUGGCUAGUUUGAGCAUUUGGGAAGGUAACACAAGAAUAACCAGAAAACUGAAUAUAAGUGAU